AGAAAGAAAAUGAUUAGAUAUAAAACACAUCUAAAAUAUUCAGUCUCUAGGCCAAUGCUGGGCUCCCUCCACAGACCCGCCGGCGCAGGGCUCCGCUGGCCUUUAGAGGAGGCCGCGCCCGCAGGCCCAUGGCUGCGGGCUCACCAGCGGUCAUGCUGCCGGCCGUGGUGGAGGAGCUCCUGAGCGAGAUGAGCACGCGUGUUCCUGAUGAGCAUCUAUUAUUGCUGAAGUUUGUCUUUGGCUCAUCAGCCCUCCAGGCCUUGGACCUAGUUGAUCGACAGUCCAUCACUUUAAUCUCAUCGCCCAGUGGGAGGCAUGUUUACCAGGUGCUUGGAAGUUCUGGUAAAACAUACACAUGUUUGGCUUCUUGUCAUUACUGUUCAUGUCCUGCGCUUGCCUUCUCUGUGCUCUGGAAGAGUGACAGCCUGCUGCGCAAGCAUCUCUUAGCAAUUUAUCUUAGUCAGGUUAUGGGGACCUGUCAGCAGCUAAGUGUUUCGGAUAAGCAACUGACGGACAUAUUAUUGAUGAAGAAGAAACAAGAAGCAUAAAAGGGAUAUUGCAGAAGCAGCUGACGUGGUGAACAAACAGAUGAAAAAGAUCUUACAGCCUAGGAAACCUCAACCCUGUGUCCCCAAAGCGUGAGGUGCUAGUGAGUGAAUGCUGUGUGAGAAGGCCAUGAUGUGGCAGUGUUCUGUGGUGGGCAGAGCCUUUUGUUAUGAUGAGGUGUGGCAAAUAAACUAUGAAGAUUUUUCUGCUACUUGGGAAA